AUGGAUAGUAAAAUAGAAAAGUAUGAUCAAAUGCUAAUAUCAGUUUUGGAAGAAGAAAAGUCAAUUAUAGGAUUCCUUUCUGCUAUUUUCGGUUUUCUUGCUAGACGUACCGACUUUUAUUACGUGCCAGACGGUAAAUAUGAGAAUAUGGGUUUUCCUCCUGGUGUGGCUGAAGAACUGGUAAUUAAAGUAUUAAGAAAAUGUGACCCUAAAUCCUGGCAGCCCUCGCAAUGUGAACAAGCAGAAUUAAGUAAUGAAAUAAUGUGUUCAACCGUCGCUCAAGAGGUGGAAGUAAUAGAUGAACAGGACAGUGAAUUAUCUAUUGAUUGCUCUAAAGACGAUAUAAUUAAAGAAAUAAGCUCAUCCGAUAGUACUAUAAAUCAAACGGCCAGUAAAAAGCAUAUUAUUCCAGAAGAUUAUGAACCUCCAAUCAUUCCAUCACAAGACAGUGAAUCGUAUAAUGGGGCAGUCAGAGAAAAAUAUACUUGGUCACAGACAAUCACAGACCUGAAUGCCUUUAUAAAGCUGCCAUCUCAUAUCCAAUCGGCCAAGGAACUAAAAGUAACCAUUAAUUCAGGUGACAUCUCUGUUGCAAAUGGACAAAACUUUAUUAUUAGGGAUUCAUUCCCAUUUAAAAUUAAAACAAUUGACAGUGUCUGGAGUUACAGUAACGGCAGCCUUAUGAUACAUUUAGAAAAAGUUCAGGAGCGUUGGUGGGACAGGCUUUUACAGAAUGAGGAACCUAUUGAUUUGGGGAAAAUUGACUGUUCAAGGCCAUUAAAUGAGUUACCUGAAGAUCACAUUGCAAAGGUAAGAGAAUUGCAAUGGAAUCAAGAACAGAAAAUGAAAGGACUACCAACCAGUGAUGAAAUUCGCAACAUAGAGAUAUUAAAGAAAGCAUGGAACAUGCCCGGAUCCCCAUUUAAAGGAAAAGAAUUUAAUCCCAACGUCCUAUAUAAACCAUAA